AUGGCGGAUUCAUCGUCGACCCAUAUUGGCAAGUCUUCGGACUCGAAGUCCCUCGUGAGCCGAACAAGACCUACCGAUGAUAUUCCUCAUCCAGCAGACGGGAUUUCCGGACUAUAUGAAGGACAUGUCUUCGAAGCAACGCCCGAUAGUCGUCGACAGAUCGGCAUAUUCAGCGCCACGCUCCUCAUCUUUAAUCGGGUGAUCGGUACAGGUAUCUUUGCCACGCCAGGCACCAUCCUACAGCUUUCUGGAAGUGUCGGCUUAGCGCUAUUCAUGUGGGUCAUCGGUACCUUCAUCGCCAUGGCAGGCACAGCUGUCUACCUCGAAUGGGGCACCGCAAUCCCCAAGAACGGCGGCGAAAAGAACUACCUCGAAUAUGUCUAUCAAAAGCCCAAGUUCCUGGCCACGGCUAUGUAUGCAGCCUACGCUUUCUUGCUGGGGUGGGCAGCAAGCAACAGCGUUGUCUUUGGCCAGUACAUCCUGAAUGCAGCGGAUGUCGAGGUCGGACGAUGGAAUCAGCGCGGUAUCGGUCUUGCCUGUCUGUCCACAGCGUUUCUGAUCCAUGCCGUCGCCCUGAAAUGGGGUCUUCGCCUUAUCAACUUGCUAGGAAUUGUUAAGCUCGUGAUCAUCGUUUUCAUUGCUGUUACCGGUUGGGCUGCCCUGGCUGGUCACACCAAGAUCGAGACUCCCCAUAACUUCCGCAAUGCCUUUGAGGGGACCAAGGGGAGUGGCUACAGUAUAGUCAUGGCCCUGUAUAAUGUCAUUUGGUCUUUCAUUGGCUACUCCAAUGCCAACUACGUUUUGAGCGAGACAAAAAACCCCGUUCGUACACUUAAGAUUGCGGCGCCGGUGGCCAUCGGCUCUGUCGGCAUUCUAUACAUGCUGGUCAAUAUUGCCUACUUUGCCGCCGUCCCGAAGGAACAGAUGCUGGAGUCUGGGACAGUGGUUGCUGCCGCAUUCUUCGGGAACGUGUUCGGCAAACAAGCGGAGAAGGUCAUGUCGGUCUUCGUAGCGCUAUCGGCAUUCGGAAACGUUCUAUCGGUUCUAUUUUCACAGGGUCGAAUUGUUCAAGAACUGGGUCGUGAGGGUGUUCUCCCCCUCUCGAGCGUUUUCGCCAGCAACUGGCCCUUCAACUCCCCUGCUGCGGGCCUAUUCGAACACUACAUCGUUUCAGUUAUCAUCCUGCUUGCUCCACCUCCAGGCGAUGCCUACAACUUUCUUCUGAACCUCAUCUCAUACCCGUUAUCGAUCGUCAACGUCUUCGUAUCUGGCGGCUUAAUUUACGUCUACUUCAACAAGGCCAAGUUCCCGAAUUGGAACCCUGGUAUCCGAGCAUCGCUCCCUGUUACGGGAUUCUUCCUGCUAUCGAACAUCUAUCUCGUCGUCACGCCAUAUAUUCCUCCAGAUGCCGGGCAAAAUGUCUACAAGAGCUUGCCUUAUUACUUACACUGCGUCGUGGCGCUGGGCGUGUUUGCAAUGGGAGCUGUUUACUACACCGUGUGGGCAGUGCUUAUGCCUCGUUGGGGUGGAUAUCUACUUGUGAAGGAGUCGGUUAUGGGAUCUGAUGGGUGGUCUCGCAGUGUCUUCACGAAGGUACCCAAGACAUCGACCAACAUUUGA